AUGCUACGCACAGGUAUUAGCCAGUGUUUUACCUCUAAGGUGAGUGGUAUGUUAUUGUGUCGAGGUUCAGUUGCUAAACUGGCCACAAUUCCCAUGAAAGGUCGGUCGUACUCUUCCACUACAAAACAAGACAUGAAGGAGCCAAAGCCAAAACGCAAAGUUCAACAGGAGUUCCCCAAGUUUAGAAAUAUAGUCUUGGUAGCCAUAGUGGGUACGUAUAUAUUUGUGAAGACAGUGCAGACCUUAGAUAAAAAUAAACCAAAGACAAAUUAUACGGAAGCAGAAUACGAAAAUGUUAUGAGUGGCUUGAGACGUAAAGUUACCUUGUAUCAACCAGGUGAAAUUGAUAUUCAAUGUGCAUUGGUGAACACCGUAGCUGAUGCCAAACGGUUGACCAAUAAAGAUGGUGGCGAUGAAGCAACUUUUGUUGAUGCUAAGGAUGCCGUGGACUAUUUUAGGAAGCUAAAAGAUGAUAGAUAUGAAGCGCUAUUGACAGAUUUGUACAAUCAAUAUGGAGAGAAAUCAUAUGUGGAUAACUUACCAGCUGGCAUGCAGUCUAUGUUGUUGGGGCGAUAUAUUAAAGAAGUUCUAAAUUCACCGAAAAAGGUGAUCGUUGUUAAUUUUCCAAAAAAUAUUGAGGAUGCCAUUAAAUUUGAAAGUGAGAUAUCAGUUUUAUCUAAAUUAUGGGUUCCCAAAGUUCAGGAGGAUACCGAUCUUUGUAAAUAUUUUAAGGGAGUUAAUAAGGUGAUAAUAAUCUGA